AGGUUGAGGUGGAGGUUUGUGGAUUACAUGGUUUUGUUUGUUGGGUGUGGGUCUGUUGAAUUUGCUGAGUGUCUCUGGCUGGGAUCAUGGUAGAAGAAGUUUAUCUCUCUGACUCCGGCAAUGGAAAAAUCAUCGGGAACCUCACAUGGCCUCUCCUGGCAGUCGCCAUCCUCACUUCCUUUGGUUCCUCCAUGGCUUAUGGCUAUAACCUGGCAGUUGUGAACUCACCGGCAGAGUAUAUUAAAGAUUUCUACAACAGCACCAUUCUGGAACGAUUCAACCAGUCCUUAUCCAGCCAUCACUUGGUGCUGAUGUACUCCGCAACUGUCUCGGUGUUUGCCGCUGGUGGAAUGUUUGGCUCGCUGCUCGUCGGGAUGCUUGUGGCAAAGUUCGGUCAGAAGGGGACCCUGGUGUACAGCACGCUCCUGAUGAUACUAGCUGGACUGCUGAUGGGAUUCAGCAAAGUGCUGCGCUCUCCAGAAAUGGUCAUCCUGGGACGCUUCAUGACUGGGAUCCACUCAGGUAUUUCACUCAGUGUUGUCCCGAUGUAUCUGGGGGAAAUUGCCCCAAAGAACCUGCGAGGAUUCCUGGGCUUAAUCCCCACCAUCUUCAUCUGUCUGGGAGUGUUUGCAGCUCAAGUGCUGGGACUUAGGGAGUUGAUGGGGAAGGAGAAGGAGUGGCCUUUCUUGCUGUCUCUGGUCAUAGUUCCGGCACUGGUUGAACUGCUGUUUCUGCCCUGGUUCCCAGAAAGUCCUCGCUACCUGCUGAUUCAGAAAGAGGACAUCACUGCCACAGUGCGAGCGCUGACGUGGUACCGGAACAAGUACAGCAGCAACAUACAAGCAGAGAUUGAGGAGAUGCAGGAAGAGCAGAGGUCCUUGGCCUCUUUGGAAACCAUCUCAGUUUUCCAGCUGGUAGCUGAUCGCUCAGUCCGAUGGCAGCUCAUGUCUAUCAUUGUGAUCAACAUUGGGAUGCAGCUUUCAGGCAUAGACGCGAUCUGGUUCUACACAAACAGGAUAUUUGAAAAUUCUGGGAUUCCUAAGCCAUAUAUCCAGUACAACACAGUGGGAACUGGGGCCAUUGAGGUUGUCGCUGGACUGAUUGGGAGUUUAACUAUCGAGAGGGUGGGGAGGCGUCCGCUACUAAUUGGUGGAUUCAGCUUUAUGGGAUUUUCCUGUGCUGGGAUUACGAUGUCAUUACUAUUUGAGGUUCCAUGGAUGCACUAUGCCAGUGUUGCUUGUGUUGUGGGGAUUAUAGCUGGAUUCUGUGUCGGACCAGCGGGAGUCCCGUUUCUAAUGACUGCCGAGCUCUUUACCCAGUCACAUCGUCCUGCUGCUUACAUCGUUGGGGGGGCCCUGAACUGGCUGUCGAAUUUCACUGUAGGUUUCGUCUUCCCAUUCCUUCAGAUGUCUGCUGGAGCUUACUGUUACCUGGUGUUUUGUGGAAUAUGUUGGAUUGUCGCCAUCUACGCUUAUAUUGUGAUCCCAGAAACCAGAAACAAAACUUUUAUGGAGAUCAGUCAGAUGUUUUCCUCCAAAAAUGCAGCCAAAUAUCAGGUAUCACUCGAUGAGCUUCAACUGAAGAAGUUUAAGGGAUAUGGGACUCUAGAAAAUAGUUCUACACAUUUUGAAAGCUCUCGAUUUUUCUAGGAAAGUUAUUUUAUGGAUUAAUAAAGUGCAGGAGGAUUG